AUGUUUGUCAAUGAAUGUGGUGCACGGGUUGGGGAGGGGACUUUCACUCCAAAGUAUGGGCCAUCUCAUUAUUACCGAAUCCAAGGGGGAGGUGAAGCGGUGAAAAAUCAACGCUUUGCAGGGUCUGCACCCAUUUUCCUAUGCAAUCGUACAAAUAAAUACAUUAUUAAUGGAUCAUAUAGUACGUUAACCCAGUUAACAUCUGUGGAAAUCAAUUACAUUGUUCUAAUGGACCUUUCCUCAAUUCUAAUACUCCCAUUACACUGGUAUCUCUUGUGGGCACUGCUUAUACCGAUCUGUCUAACUGUAAUACCUCCCAAACCUUAUCGGGCGUAUGUGUCAUCCAUACUGCUGUUUCCAAUACUUAUAAAGGCACAGUGGUUCUAUAAGAUUGACGAGACCAACAACAAUGCUUCAAUUGCGUUGAUGUUGCAGGGGGUUUUCAUUAACUUGUUCUUCUACACUUUCAACCUGUUUUUCAUUGUCAAAUAUCCCGAACUGACUGAUUAUCGGUUGGGUGUGGAGAGUUUGGAGGAUGUCAAAAAACUCAGACCUUGUACAUGGAAAAAAUUCAACUGGUGUUUACAUAGGUCAAUUUGGGGGAGUUUAGUGGGUACUAGCUGGAACUGGGGGCCACGAUCGUUGCCGUCCAGUUCCUCUUCUCAGAUCAGCUUCACUAACUGGCUCAAAUCAUUUGUUGUCAAGUAUAUAAUAUACGAUAGAAUGCUGUGGCUAUUUCUGAGGACCGAGUUUAUCCAAACCAGAGGGUGGGGAGUGGAACAUGUGGAUGAUUUCAACUUAUUUGAUGAAAAUGCAAAGAUAUCGACCCUAAACCAACUAGUUAUUGCAUCAUGUGCUGUAUUUUGUAUCUAUUUUGGUAUUCAAACGAUCUAUGACAUAAUGAUGUUCAUCAACGUAUUACUAUUGAGAAGAUAUGAGUUCGGGGAGUAUUUGCCAUUGUUUGGAUCCUUCAACGGUAAUUAUACUGUCAGCUCGUUGUGGGGGAACGUUUGGCAUAAACUAAUGUAUCAGCUGACUGUCCCCCAUUCGAAAUUAAUUGCCGGUUGUGACUAUAGAGCCAUCCAUUUAAAUCAACCACCUAAAUACGGUACUGAAAAAUGGAGGAAAUAUUUGAUGUUUUUUCUAGUUUUUACAUUUACUGGGAUAUUUCAUGCAAUGGGUACCUUGAAUAUGCCAUGGAACCUCGGUGCUGGAUAUAAUAUUCAUGCUCCUUAUGGUGAGUAUCUCCCUAAAUGGAUCUCAAGAUGUUUCUACUCUUUUACAUUUUUCCAGUUUCAGUUUUUCUUAAUAGUACUGGAGGAAUUUGUACAAGAGGCCUACAAGAAAUUUAUAAAUGUCCAUCUACCAAAACCAAUACUGUUUAUCAUUGGUAUGACUUGGAUCUCCAUUUCUGAAGUAUAUCUAUUACUGCUCUAUUUGGACGAGUUGGUCAAAUCCGGAUUCGAUAUCCGUGAACUCGUCAUAUACUACUAG